AUGGGGAUAAACAAUUUAGAAAAGAUAGUUUCACCCUUGGUGAAGAAAGGACUCGAGUCUGUUUUGCUGUUUGGAGUUCUCUCAAGGCUAAAUAAGACAGAUGAUGCUUGUAAUGCAGACAGUGAAGAUAACCCUGCGAUCUUAGCAAUAAAGAAGAUAUCAUCCUUGUUUCCUGACCUACUGAUCUGCUGCGAUGUUUGUAUUUGUCCAUAUGCAACUCAUGGCCACUGUGGUAUCCUAAAUGAGGAUGGUUCCAUCAACAAUGCAGCAAGUAUCAAAAGGAUUGCUGAAAUAUCUUUGUCCUAUGCCAAGGCAGGAAAGGGAUGUCAGGGAAGGAGCAGAUUUUCUUAUGGUCAAACCUGGGAUGGCUUACCUUGAUAUUGUGAGGCAAACUAAGGAUAAGUUCCCUGAUUUGCCACUGGCAAUUUACCAGGUGUCAGGGGAAUUUGCAAUGUUGUAUCAUGGAAGUAAGGCAGGAGCAUUUGACUUAAAGAAAAUUGUUCUAGAAUGCUUAACCUCUAUGAGAAGGGCAGGUGCUGACAUCAUCAUAACAUAUUUUGUUCCACAACUAUUGGACUGGCUGAAUGAAAACAACUGAUCACCAUGUUCUCCUUUUCAGGCCAUAAUUGCUGUUUAACACUCUUUCUUAACUGUAUUAUUAUCACAUCC